GUUUGAUUCAUCCAACAAUCGUUACUGGAUGUUGGAGCGUCGAUUCAUAUGGUAUUAUAAAAAAAACCCAAUUUAAUUCAUGAUAAUAUCUUGAUCUAAUCUUGUAUUUACAAUUGUUUUUUGCUUAUACAUACGAUUUAGUGUAAUUUAGAUAGAAAAAUUAGUACAAUAACAAUGCUGACGUCGAAGUUAAGACCAGUUCUAAAUUCUGUUAGUCUUCUUAAUAAUGCGAGGUACGUUACGUCUGUAACCAACGUUAUAUCCGAUGCCACUGAAUCGAUACAACCACUGAAGUCAUGGGACGAAAUUCCUGGUCCCUCCAAGUUGCCAAUCAUAUCAACUUUACAUCAUUUCCUUCCCAUGGGAUCAUUUUAUAAAAUUGGCGGAUACGAAUUCUUCGAUAAAUUGUAUAAAACAUAUGGACCAAUAACUAGACUUCCAGGGUUUUUUGGAUCACCAGAUGUAGUAAUUUUAUAUGACGCUGAAAGCAUAGCUCAUAUUUUACGCAGUGAAAAUUUGAUGCCAAAGCGACCAGGAUUUCAAUCUUUGGAACAUUACAGAAAGGAAUAUAAGAAAAAGCAUGGAAAAGUAACACACGAGAUGUCUGGCCUAGCAACAGAUCACGAUGAAAAUUGGAAGACGUUGCGAUCCGCAGUCAGUCCGAUUUUGCUCCAACCUAAGACUGUAAAGCUGUACUCAAAUAUAUUAGAUGACGUAGCCAAUGAUAUGAUUAAAAGAAUGAGAUCAAUACGCGAUGAAAAUAACAUGUUGAAAAGUGAUUUGGCUACCGAAAUGAACUUGUGGGCUUUGGAGUCUAUAGGUUUGGUCGCGCUUGGCCAUCGUCUCAAUUGCUUCGACCCCAAUCUACCCGCAGACUCCCCCGUAAGGCAGCUCAUUCAAAUUGUACACGACUUUUUUGCUGUAUCAGAUAAAUUGGAUUUCAAGCCGAGUUUUUGGAGAAUAUUUCCAACGAGAUCUUACAAGAAGGCUAUGAAGUUAUACGAAGAUCAAGAGAAUUUAAGCAAAUACUUUAUCGAAAUAGGAACUGAAGCAUUGAAAAAUAAAAAAAUGGAUAAGGAAUCAAAGAACGAAAAAGGAAUUUUAGAGAAGUUACUUGAAAUUAACGAACAUUAUGCUCACCUUAUGGCCAGUGAUUUAUUAUUUGCCGGCGUGGAUACGACUGCCAAUACGGUAAUACCAACGCUGUAUUUAUUAGCAAAAAACCCGGAAAAGCAAAAUAAAUUGAGAGAAGAGAUAUUGUCAGGUUCGGAAAAGAGGCCAUACUUAAAGGCUUGUAUAAAAGAAGCAAUCAGGAUUAUGCCGGUGGCGGUGGCAAAUUUUAGACAAACGUCAAAGGAAUACAACAUUCUUGGAUACCAUAUACCGAAGCAUUCAAUGAUGACCUUUGCCCAUCAAUACCUCUCUAUGAUGGAAUGCCACUAUCCAAGGCCGAAUGAGUACAUUCCUGAACGGUGGAUCGCAGAUAAGGAAGAUCCACUGUACCACGGAAACGCACACCCGUUUGCGUAUAUGCCUUUCGGAUUUGGAUCUCGGAGCUGUAUCGGUCGUCGCAUAGCUGAGUUGGAGAUAGAAACUUUGGUCACUCGAGUAGUGGAAAACUUCCAAAUUGAUUGGUUCGGUGAACCUCUGAAGCAGUAUCAGAGCUCACUGAAUUAUGUCAAGGGGCCUUUUAACUUCACCUUUAAAGACCUCUAAUAUUCUAACAAUUUUUUCUGUCCAUUACUGACGAUGAUUGAAAAAAGGUUAAGGGAAAUAAAAUAAUCUUUUUACAACACUUAUUGUUUACAUUGUUUAAAAAAAAUAGAAAUUGUUAGGAAAUUU